AUAUUCUCAUGUCAAACCACCUGACACAGCAUAGGACUCUGGCCUUACAACACCGUGAAAUGUUGCCGGGUUCCUCGUGCAAUCACUGCCAUCCCAUGGCUGCCUCGAGUCACGAGUGUCUGUCCCUGUCCCGUCCAUGGGUUGCCAGUGGCAUGCUGGUGAUGAUUUUCAUCGAACUUCCCUCGCUGCUAGGCUUCGAUAGCGGCGGGGGUAUACAGCCGGCGUAGGUCGGCACGUCCGCCCCUCCCCAAACUAGCCUCGGCACAUGCUCGGAAGCAACAAGCCUACGCGUCGAGCAAUCCCUGGCCGUUACCAAGGAUGGUGAUUCAGAAGCCGAUGUCUCCAUGGCGGCCCCGCGGCGGACACCUCGGCAUGAUCGCGAUCGGGCGCCGCGAGUUGCUGGUGGUCCGGCAAUCACGGCGGGUACAGCAGCGACGAGAGUACUACAGACUAGCGACUCGCUGGAAUCGACUGACAGUUUCCCGCAGAGCCUUGACUCGAAUCAGACGGACAUCUCUCAAAACGCCGUGAUGGCGGAGGAGAGAUUCGGGCGAUCCCUGCGGUUGUUGAGGCGAGGCGGAGUUGAGGUGUGGCAAGGGGUGUUGGCGGUGCGUGGCGGGGCAGCUGUGCGUCUUCUAGAUCGCUGUCAGGCCCCUCGCCACAUGGGUUGCCGCCGCGGCGCUGGAGCAGGCGGCGGCAGAGGGAGGCUCCGCGAGUCCACCCAUAGCAGGCUCCAUAUUCACUGCGCUGCCUCCCGCAGCAGCAGCAGCUGCCCCGGGUGCGGAUGAUUCUGGUAGUGCUGCCGCUGCUGCUGGCGCCGGCGCCGGCGCUGCCGCUGGCGGUAGCGUGCGGGGCGGAGUGGGUGGGUUCCGCAAGACUCUGGUGGUGCAGCUCGUGGGGCCGGCGCUGGUUGCGGCGGACGUGGUGGCGAAGGGGGGCGAUGUGACGCGAUGGCGCAUCACGUACCGCGUGUGGGACAUGUGGAGGUACAGGUGACGUACAGGUGACGUGCAGGUGAGGCGUUAACACUUGUUGGGGCAUGGACGUUCACUAGCGAGUGAAAGGGCCUUCGUUGGUGCGUAUGAGCCAAGGACUUACCGCGUGUGGGACGCGGGGAGGUACAGGUGAGGCGUCUUGGGGACGCAGGGGGGAUGCGCUGGGGGAAGCAACGCUAGUAUAUGCAUUGAAAUCCAAGUGGUUCCACUCCUUCCCGUGUGUGUGUGUGUGCCCCAUCCCCCCCCCGCUACCUACCUUUUGAGUGUGCCCCCCCCAUCCCGUAUGUGCCCCCACGGGGAUGUAUGGAUGGGGCCUGACGCCUGACUGACUUAGUAGUCAUUUCUUCCCGUGUCUGCCCCAUCCCCCCCCCCCUCUACGGUGCCUGCCCCCCAGGAGUGGAGCAGAGUGGUUGAUGGUGCAGUUGGAGUGGUUGUCGACAGUUUUCUGAGUUGACUCAAAGCGAUUCCAUUCCUUCCCGUCUGUGUGUGCCAAAACCCUCCACCCCUCUUCCCCCCCACCCACCCCUCCUCGCAUGCCCCCUGCUUGCCCCCCAUUUGGGAGGGGAGCAGAGUGGUGGUGCAGUCUGUCGGAGUGUGACAGCAUUCAGAGUCCACUCAAAGCGAUUCCUUUCCUUCCCAUCUGAGUGUGCAUGCCCCCCGCAUGCCCCCCACAUGCCCCCCAUUUGGGAAUGGAGCAGGGUAGUGAUGCAGUCGGACUGUGACGAUCUUGACUUUGCGAGCAAUCACUUGCAGCGAGUCCAGCGCACGAGGGGCUCCCACGUCAUGGCGGAGUGGGACCUAUGUGUGGAGCCGCAGCAGCAGCAGCAGCAGCAGCAGCAGCAAGAGCAAGAGCAGCAAGAGCAGCAGCAGCAGCAGCAGCAGCAGUCAUCGCCAGUCCCAGCCUCGCCCUCAGCCUCGGUCCUUGCACACAAAUCCUCUGCAACCCAACCUCAUGGCGAAUUCCCUUGGGACGCGAUCGACAGCCUGGAUUCACCCUGUGAUGAUUCAAUCCUGGUCGCUGGCUACUGGACGAGCAAACGCAAGAGUACACGUGGCAGCUGUACCCGUGCACGCACCCGCUGCCUCCUCCCACGAACUGGCUCUCCGCCUCGGCUCCAGAGGCAUCUCGGAGAUUAAAUUUGCGAGCGACCUGCACGUGCGCACCCUGUUCCUCCACCUCUUCUUCCUGCUCACCGGACAGGCGGGUGCGAAGACCGGAGAGCAAAGAUCGACUGCCAAGAGAUAUUUGGAGAUAGUACCCGUGAGCAGCAGUGCAAAGGAGUCGGUUUGAUUUGAGCUAGGAAAGAAAUAGUGUCCAACUAAGGGCGCCCUGUUCCACCACCUCUUCUUCCUGCUCGCCGGACAGCCGAGUGCAAAGUCCGCCCUCAAGAGAUUAUUUUUGAGUCGUCUCAAAGAUCAAGUUCGCCAACAAGAGAGCGUUGGACAUAGUGCGAACAAGCUGAGCAGCAGUGCAUAGACGUGACUUUUGAUUCGACAGAAGUCACCUUAUCGGACGGGCGCGUGAGUGCAAUGACAUACCGCCAAGCAGGCCCGACGAUAUCAGGAUUUUUACGCUUUUUUUCAGGGUGUUUGCUUGUACCUGUUCAAAUUAUAUAAGUUAUAAUUUAAUAUAGGUUUGCCGACGACUGCCUCAUGAGGGCCCUCCCCACCGCCGAGGGGAAUGGACAUGCCGCCGAGAGGGCGGGGGCCGCUGCACCAGCCUCUGACGUUCAAGCCGCCACUGCCGCCGCUGUUGCCGCGGGCCGGGCGCCGCCACACGCCGCCGCCGCCGCCGCUGUCGUCACUGUCGCUGCUGCCGCCAUAGCCAUCCCGCGGGCCGUGGGAUCUGCCCACUUCCGGAGUCGUUUCGGUUCCUGCUGGGAAUGGGGGUG